AUGGUCGUCCACCUCUUAACUCUCCCACUGGAGAUCCGUACCAUGAUCCUCCACUACCUACUUUGCUCCCCGACCGGCCACAUCACGCUUUACGCAUCAACUUCGAAGAAGUCCACCCAGGGCAACACGCUCAAAGUCCGCCCUCACAACCCGGACAAACCUAAAUCAUACAAAACCGCACGCACGAUCGGCCUCGCAAUCCUGAAGACCUGUAAACAGCUCAAAGCCGAGGCCAAUGAAAUGAUCUGGAAAGAAAACAUCGUCACUUUCCAGUUCAAUCGCCCUGCUCUCAAUGAUGACUCGGACCGAGCUAUUAAGCGGAUGUGCAAGUUUGAAUGUUGGGCACAAGGAUUUUUUCUUCGUCAUAUAGAAUUGUGUGCAUUUUGGUUGUGCCGGGAUAAUGCCAUGAAGAACCUCGGCGCGCUUUCUAUUGUAGAAAAUUGUGCACAGCGGCCCGAUGGCGUGUUGAGGAGUGUCAUUUUGAGAAAUGUUUCUGUUGGUAGGGAAGAUGGUUGGAAUAUGUGCGAGCAGCUCUACUUGCGACGUUCCCAGCUGACCGAUGAUGACAUGGUGUCUUCUUACACGCUCGCAGCGUUGCGCAAUCUUGGAGGUCCUGAUGGGGUUCUGGCAAAUGUACAGAGAAAGAUGGUGUUUGAUAUUGAUUUUGAGUGCACAAAGAUGGAUGUUCCUACGCUGGCAUGGUGGAAGAGUGUUGGCAUCGUGGAGGGGCCUAAGAUGAUGACGGAACUCCAUGAUGCGUUUGGUGGCGAGCUUUGGGUCAAUGGUAGAUUAUGGAUGAGAAAUGGUGUAGAGGAAGAACAGAUGUUACAGCAAGGAAAGGUAGCUAUGGGCUGA